AGCUAUCUAUAAAUUAACAGGGCUCUACUGGAUGUCCUCCUGCACUCGCAACGGCAAUUUUGGAACAUCCCAUCUUCAGGUCACUUCGGCUCACUUGACGAAUUGAAGAGGUCGGGCUGCGCUUGAGAACAAGCGAUUAGGUUAUUAGAUGAAAUAUAAAAGAAAAAUCGAAACAAGCAAACAAUCAAAUCAACGAAUAACCGUCCGUAACCUAUUGUUGUUUAGAAGAGAAAAUUAAAUCUCCUGACUCCAACGUAUUCCACGCCUGCAGUCAUGACUGAGAACAUUCGUAUCAACAAUCCCAAUGUGAAGUACACAGAUACACACAUCGAGGCUCAGUACUGCUACCAUACUACUGCUGUAUGCAGGGACGGAGACACACUCACAGUGACCCCGUCCGUUAGUGAGCUUGAGUUCCGUACUGAGCGACAUGUCCCCAGGCUGGGGGUGAUGCUAGUUGGCUGGGGAGGAAACAAUGGGACCACCGUCACCGCUGCUGUACUGGCCAACAGACUGGGACUCACCUGGAGAACCAAAACUGGAGAACAGAAAGCCAACUACUACGGUUCCCUCUUCCAGUCCUCAACUGUGUGUUUAGGUGCGGGGCCAGAUGGAAAGGAAGUUAAUAUUCCGUUCCGUGACCUCCUACCCAUGAUGCACCCUAAUGAUAUCGUCUUUGAUGGCUGGGACAUCUCAUCCAUGGAUCUGGGCAGUGCGAUGGAGAGAGCCAAGGUCCUUGAUUGGUCCCUCCAGGAGAAGCUCCGCCCACACAUGAGCCACCUCCGACCCCGGGCCUCCAUCUAUAUCCCAGAAUUUAUAGCUGCCAACCAGGCGGGCCGAGCAGACAACGUUCUGAAAGGGACCAUGGCUGAACAGGUGGAGCAGAUCAGAGCAGACAUUCAGGACUUCCGGCAUUCAAGCGGCGUGGACAAGGUCAUCGUUUUGUGGACGGCCAACACUGAACGUUUCUGUGACCUCACAGCCGGGGUCAACGACACGGCCAAGAAUCUCCUGGCUGCCAUACAGUCAGGUGGGGAGGUGUCUCCCUCUACUUUGUUUGCUGUAGCCAGUAUCCUGGAGGGCUGUGCCUACAUUAACGGUUCUCCCCAGAACACGUUUGUCCCUGGGGCGAUAGAGCUGGCUGUGGAAAGAAACGUGUUCAUAGCAGGAGACGACUUCAAGUCUGGUCAGACAAAGAUCAAGUCAGUCCUGGUCGACUUCCUCAUCAGUGCUGGGAUCAAGCCCACCUCCAUUGUCAGCUACAAUCACCUUGGCAACAACGAUGGUAUGAACCUCUCAGCACCGCAGCAGUUCCGCUCCAAGGAGAUCUCCAAGAGCAAUGUGGUGGAUGACAUGGUCAACUCCAACCCUAUACUGUACCGCAAAGGGGAGAAACCUGACCACUGUGUGGUGAUUAAGUAUGUACCGUAUGUGGGGGACAGUAAGAGGGCGAUGGAUGAAUACACCUCUGAGAUCAUGAUGGGAGGAACCAACACUAUCGCAAUGCACAACACCUGUGAGGACUCUCUGCUAGCCAGUCCUAUCAUCCUGGACCUGGUCCUCCUCACAGAGUUGUGUCAGCGUGUAUGUGUCCGGCCCCAAGGAUCAGAGACCUUCCAGUCCUUCCACAGUGUCCUGGCUAUCCUCUCCUUCAUGUGUAAAGCUCCCCUCGUCCCCCCUGGGGCCCCGCUGGUCAAUGCCUACUUCAGACAGAGAGCCUGCAUUGAGAACAUCAUGAGAGCGUGCCUUGGUCUCCCCCCUCAGAACCACAUGCACCUGGAGCACAAGCUGCAGAGGGGCUUCCUACCUCGCCACGACAACCGUAUCUACGACAAUGUGGCUACCAAGAGGGUCCUAAGCAACGGUUACCACGCCUCCCAACAGAAUGGUGUCUGCGCACACGUGGUGAAAGAGGCAACGAUUGGAUAAUGGCUGCAGAUUAGGUCUCUGUCAUCACGGGGAAGAUUCUAGAAGUGUCCACAGCCACAGAGAAACAAUUAUAUCCAUAGUUUAGUUUAUUAGGAUCCCCAUUAGCUGUUGCACAUGCAGCAGCUACUCUUCCACGGGUUACACACUAUUACAUAUUUAGAUACUUAUUUACAAUGCAGUUAAAUUAGAUCCAUAGAAAGUUAGCCAAACUCUUUAUACAGCAUACUGUAUGAUGAUCAUGUUUUAUUUGACCUAUUUGUGUAAGAUACAUACAGUAGGAAACAACCUCUAGUUGGUUUUAACCAUUGUCACUUUUGGACAACCAGUUUUAGAUUAACUAACUUCAAAGUAAUGACUCGGGACGUCGGGUUUGAUACGAAAGCUUCUUUUAGUAAGAAUACUGGUUCACGUUACCUUUAACAACAAUUGUUUUGCUACAGAGCAAUGCAGGUAAGAUGCUGUCGGAAACUCAGCUACAAUCACUAAACACCUGCACAUAAUUGGCGCGUUAUCACUCAUUCCUCUCGCAAGGUACUCUGGGACUUGCAGUCAAAAAGCGUAAUUCAACACAACCCAAUACAAUUACAUAUGCAAAUAAAUCUAAAGAAAUAUCUUUAGAUACAGUUCAAAGAAUAAACUUAAACAUUAACUCAAACACAUUAAAGUUACAACAACCAGUUUAAUAUUCUGUGGUUUUAGACUCUUAUUGCUCCUAUACAUACAAACUUAACCAAAUAUGUUCAUGUAUUUGUUCCAAUGAUACAGUGGGGAGAACAAGUAUUUGAUACACUGCCGAUUUUGCAGGUUUUCUUACUUACAAAGCAUGUAGAGGUCUGUAAUUUGUAUCAUAGGUACACUUCAACUGUACACUUCACUUCAUCUAAAACAAAAAUCCAGAAAAUGUAUGAUUUUUAAGUAAAUAAUUAGCAUUUUAUUGCAUGACAUAAGUAUUUGAUACAUCAGAAAAGCAGAACUUAAUAGUUGGUACAGAAACCUUUGUUAGCAAUUACAGAGAUCAUACGUUUCCUGUAGUUCUUGACUAGGUUUGCACACACUGCCGCAGGGAUUUUGGCCCACUCCUCCAUACAGACCUUCUCCAGAUCUUUCAGGUUUCGGGGCUGUUGCUGGGCAAUACGGAUUUUCAGUUCCCUCCAAAGAUUCUCUAUUGGGUUCAGGUCUGGAGACUGGCUAGGCUACUCCAGGACCUUGAGAUGCUUCUUACGGAGCCACUCCUUAGUUGCCCUGGCUGUGUGUUUUGGGUCGUUGUCAUGCUGGAAGACCCAGCCACGACCCAUCUUCAAUGCUCUUACUGAGGGAAGGAGGUUGUUGGCCAUGAUCUCGCGAUGCAUGGCCCCAUCCAUCCUCCCCUCAAUAUAGUGCAGACGUCCAGUCCCCUUUGCAGAAAAGCAUCCCCAAAGAAUGAUAUUUCUACCUCCAUGCUUCACGGUUGGGAUGGUGUUCUUGGGGUUGUACUCAUCCUUCUUCUCUAAUCUCUAUUUUUGUCUCAUCAGACCACAUGACCUUCUCCCAUUUCUCCUCUGGAUCAUCCAGAUGGUCAUUGGCAAACUUCAGAUAGGCCUGGACAUGCGCUGGCUUGAGCAGGGGGACCUUGUGUGCGCUGCAGGAUUUUAAUCCAUGAUGACGUAGUGUGUUACUAAUGGUUCUCUUUGAGACUGUGGUCCCAGCUCUCUUCAGGUCAUUGACCAGGUCCUACCGUGUAGUUCUGGGCUGAUCCCUCACCUUCCUCAUGAUCAUUAAUGCCCUACGAGGUGAGAUCAUGCAUGGAGCCCCAGACCGAGGAUGAUUGACCAUCAUCUUGAACUUCUUCCAUUUUCUAAUAAUUGCGCCAACAGUUGUUGCCUUCUCACCAAGCUGCUUGCCUAUUGUUCUGUAGCCCAUCCCAGCCUUGUGCAGGUCUACAAUUUAACCCUGAUGUCCUUACACAGUUCUCUGGUCUUGGCCAUUGUGGAGAGGUUGGAAUCUGUUUGAUCAAGUGUGUGGACAGGUGUCUUUCGUACAAGUAACGAGUGUAAACAGGUGCAGUUAAUACAGGUAAUGAGUGGAGAACAGGAGGGCUUCUUAAGGAAAAACUAACAGGUCUGUGAGAGCUGGAAUUCUUACUGGUUGGUAGGUGAUCAAAUACUUAUGUCAUGCAAUAAAAUGCAAAUUAAUUACUUAAUCAUACAAUGUGAUUUUCUGGAUGUUUGUUUUAGAUUCCGUCUCUCACAGUUGAAGUGUACCUAUGAUAAAAAAAAUUACAGACCUCUACAUGCUUUGUAAGUAGGAAACACUGCCGAUUUUGCAGGUUAUCAAAUACUUGUUCUCCCCACUGUAUGUUACAUGCAAUGUUACCCUACCAUCCCUACCCUGAUUGGAGUAAACUAACAGACUAACAAUACUGCUACUUGCAAUUAUUUUCGCACACAUCUACGAUGUCCGUAUUUAAACAAUUACACAUAUAUUAAUAAUUUCCCCUUUCUUCAAGUGAUGGAUUGUCACCCACAGUGGCCAAUCCACCAUUCAUUCUGAUCUUAAAUCCAACCCUCCAAUGUCCACAGAUGAACCCGUCUUUCCCAGUAUAAUGCCAUUUUUAUACUUCCUUUUGCAAUACAUCCUUCCAUUUUACUAUGCUGUCUUUUUGAGUGUCCUUGUAACAUUUCUACUGAUAUUGCCCAGAAAAUAAAGAGUAUAAUCAUA